AUGAUGAGUGCUGAUUAUUCUGUUUUGGUGGAGCUGCGAAAUAAAAUUGUAGGAGACGAUUUAUUUAAGAGAGAUGUGAUUUUGAAUGAGGCAUUAACAAAAGAAAUUCUAGAUAUUAGAAUAGAAGAUGGAUUAGUAGAAGAAUCGAGUUUAAAACUCGAUAUAAUUUACUCGAUUUUAUUUAUUAACAAGAAUGUAAGAGCAAGUGUCCUCCAAGGAUAUAAAAUUUUCACAACUACCUAUAUUGAGAAUAUUAGGGUUAACAUAUUUAUGAAUCGAAAUACAUUGGAUAAUAUAGAUCAAGUUUUAUUUUAUAAAUUGUUCAAAAUUUAUACUGUUUUAUUAAAUGAUCAUUACCUGGAUAUUCAUAACCUAUACAAGCUCAAUAUGAUAUUACAAGAUGAAUUAGAAAAAUACGUAGAUAAGUGUUACAUAGGAAACAACCCAAAGGAAAUCGAUUUCUGUAUAUUAAAAGAGAUAUUAUCCAUUUUUGAGGCAUUCUUUCGCGGGAUAGACCCGAGAGAAGAGGGGGUUACUGAUCACUUCGAUAGAUAUCGUUUACAAAGCAGUUUAGUAAAAUCAUUAGUGUCCCUCUUUGAUAAAUAUUCGAGUAAAAUUAAUUUGAAAUAUAGUUUAAUCAGAGAGUCAAUCGGUCAAAAGAAUAGGAAAGUUGAAUUUCUUUUUGAUGAAAGCGUUUUGAAAUAUAAUAUAAAUCAGAAUAUCAACACAUUUAAUUUUACGGCAGACUUCAUGAGAAUAUCGGAUACACUAGACAGAGAACUUUUAAUACUUGGAUUGAAAUUAUAUUCAGGUUUAUUUGAUGACAAUAUAGAUCAUUCUAUUAAACCCCUAGGGCUAUUCAGGUCUGUUGAUUUUACAAUUUUUAUUAGAACUUUAUUAUCAAAUAAUGACAUUGAAUUAAAGUGUGCAUCUCUAAAUUAUCUACUGAGACCUUUUAUUUUAUCAUCUGAGUAUAGAAAAGAUUUUAACAAUAUUAAAUUACUAUUGCCUCAUAUCUUUGCAACAUUAGAUUUUAAUUAUUUACCAUGUUGGUGCGACCCACUGGAACUUUUGUAUUCAUUGAUUACUAAAUACAAUAGUAAUUCCAUGAAUAAUCCAAUUAUAACCUAUUUGGGAGAAUUGCAUUUGUUUGAAGGAAUAUUACAAACUUUUGAAAACUGUUUAAAACUGGAAAGGCAAACAGAAUCAUCUUACAAAACUCUAAUAUCGAUUUUAAAAAUAAUGGCAUCUGUUUCUUUGAAUAACAGCUCCUAUAGAACACUCAUAAUGAAAAUUGAUAAUUUACUAUUAUACGUUGAAUCGGCAUUAGACACACACUACGAGCUAACUACAGAAUUCAUUAACAAUAAAGGUGAUAUUCAAAAAAUGGUAGAUCACAUUUCAAGUAGUAGCCAAAUAGGGAAUCAUAAAACUUCAUUACCAAGAAUCAAAGAUAUUGAGUUUUCCCUGGCAUGUCUGGAGUUAUUAAAAUCUAUAUCAAGAAGUACUAUUACCGUAAGAACAAAUUUGAAGAGAAAUGAAUUAGCUAUUUUAUUGUUAAAAUUGGUACAAAAUUCACAUAUACUUAUAAAAUCGUGUUCAUUUGUAGGAAGAAAUAUGUUAAUUGAUGAACUGAAUAUUAUGAUUGCAACAUUAGGUAUAAUUGCUAAUUUGGUUGUGGAGUUUUGUAGUUUACAAACUUGCAUUAUGAAAAAUGGAAUUCUUGAUAUUGUUAAUAAAAUUUUAACCAAUCCAACCUUUACCGAAAAUAACGCCUGGCUAGAAGUCAAUGGAUCUCAGUUACCAAUAAAUCUAAGGGAAAAUAUUAAGGAAAAUUCAUUAUGGAUACUUAAGAAUUUGAUCUAUAAUGCUAAGAAUCAAGCUAAGUUGAGAUUACUAAAUAUCAUCUCAACUGAAACUAUAUUAAAUUAUGUAAAUGAUCCGUCUAUGGCUGUCCAACAACAAUGUUUUGAGUUAAUUAAGAAUCUGACUUGUAACUCACGGAAAAUUAUCAACAUAUUGUUAAACCAUUUUAAGGAAGAUGAAAUCCAAACGGAAAACGGCUCUGUAAACUCAGAAGGCUCAAUUUAUUUUUUUGAGUUUUUGUCAUAUAAAUUGAGACAACUAAAUGUAAAAGAUCAGCACCAAAGUAAGAUAUUCGAAUCAAUAUUAUACAUCAUUGUAAAUAUAUCAGCGGUUCAUGAAAAUAAGAAGGAACUAAUAAUAAACGAAGAUGAUUUAUUACAAAUAAUUUGUGAAAUUCUAAGGGAAACUGAGGAUGAUAAGGAAAAAUAUAAUAAUAAUUCAGGAUUUAAAUUAGCAUCUUUAUGGAUUUUGAAUAAUUUAUUGUGGAAUUCAAGUAUAUCUCAGUAUACUGCAUACAUUCUACAAGAUGAUCAUAAUUUGGAGAAAUCGAAUACUGAAAUUAAUGAAGGAGUUACAAGUGUAGCUAAUGAUAGUGUUUCUCAAAUCUCUAUGGUUUCUAGAGAUUUAUACAACGAACGCGAGGGUCAUAGUGAAAGUGAAACAAACAGUGCCAGUAGGAAUAACUCCUCUCCUUCUUCUUUGUCAAAUACCAAUCAUGAGACAUCCUAUUCAGAGAGAUACGAAAGCAGGUUUGACGGUACUAACGAAGAAGAUAGGGAAAUUGAUGAAGACAUAGAAAUGUCAACAUCAAGGAAUUCUACGAAUGAAGGAAGCCGUAGGACAUUGAAAACGCCAGAUGAGAGUGAAAUGGUUGACGACCACAAUGAUGAAUUUGUACGAACUGGUGAUUCAAGUGAUUUUCCAUCAAAUCAAUUGAAACAAGAUAUGUUAACUAAAAGAUGUAAAAAAUUAAUCUCAUUAGGAUUAUAUUCUCUCGUAAAACAAAAUAUUUUCGAUAAAUCAAUAUCAGUGAAGGAAAAAUCAAAAUCAUUAUUAUAUCACAUGGAUUUUUUACUAAUGGAGAAUUCUUAA